AUGAAGACUAUUUCCAAAACUUCAGAUGGUCUUUCGAUAUCAAUAGCACCAAAGCCAUCGGAAUCAGCAGUCUCUAAAUACUUACCGGUCUCAAAUCCUUUGGAAAGUUUCUGGCAAUCGGAAAAACACAGGUUGCAUGAUCAUCGCUCUACAGAAGAACUCCCAAUUCAUAGCGAUGUAGUCAUUGUCGGUGCAGGGUACGCCGGCGUUAGCACUGCAUAUCAUCUAGUCAAGGAGGGUGGCAAUUCGAUCAAUUCAAUCACCAUUAUAGAAGCACGUGGUGCAUGUUCAGGUGCAACUGGUCGAAAUGGAGGUCAUUUGAGACCAGAUCUGUAUGGUCAUAUUCCAACUUAUGUUGAGCGAGGAGGACCACGAGCAGGAGCUGAGAUUGCCGAAUUUGAAAUUGCUCACGUCAUGGAGAUCAAGAAAAUCGUCGAGAAAGAGAAGAUCAAUUGUGACUUUAGUCUCUGCAGGUCGAUUGAUGUGUGGUGCAAUGAGGAAGUUGCAAAGAAAGCCAAGGACGUUUAUGACCAGAUGGCGAAUAGCAAUUUUGAGUACAUGGAUGAUGUCAUUUUUCAUACUGGAAAGGACGUUGAGGGUAUUUGCGGCGUCAAAGGUGCAAAGGCUUGCGCUUCAUACACAGCUGCGAGUAUAUGGCCUUAUAAGUUCAUCUUGGGACUUCUCGAAAUACUUUUGCCAACUGGAAAAGUUAACUUACAGACCAAUACACCGGUGACAAGUGUAACCAGUGAUCCCAAUGGAGGUUUCAUUGUUGAGACAAACCGAGGAAAGAUACAUGCCGGUAAGAUCAUAUAUGCCAAUAAUGCAUACAUCUCCGCCCUUUUGCCUGAAUACGAUCAAAAUAUUGUUCCCUGCAAAGGCAUAUGUUGCCACAUAACUGUACCCGAGGGAAAAACUGCACCUCUUCUGAACAACACUUAUAUCAAUCGAACAGAAGACAACACGCUUUCAUAUCUCGUUCCCAGAGCAGACGGUAGCAUUAUAGUCGGUGGCGCUGCGUCAAAGUUCAAACCUCAUAAGGAUCAAUGGUACAAUAACGUUGAUGACAGCAUUCUCAUUGACUCAGCAAAAGAUUACUACGAGAAUUAUAUGCAGGAAACAUAUCGCGGUUGGGAGGAUUCAGGUGCCAAAAUCGACAGUAUCUGGACAGGUGUGAUGGGAUAUUCUUACGACUCCAACCCUCACGUUGGUGAAGUUCCCGGAAAGCCAAACCAGUUCGUCCUUGCUGGAUUCAAUGGUCACGGUAUGCCAGUUAUUUGGUUAUCGGGUAAAGCGGUUGCCAAGAUGGUCUCUGAAGACGUACCAUUCGAGAAAACGGGUGUUCCACGGUUAUUCAAAACGACUCAGGAGAGGAUAGAUCGAGCGACGAAUGGGAGCGAAGAACAAGGUGAUAUUCUUGGUACUGGGAACCAGAAAGCCACAAAACAAUGA